AUGAUCGAAGACGAUUUUUACCGCACCUCGUCACAGUUCCGCCUGUGGUCCUUCACAGAGGACUCUCUACGAUCACUACGGCAAAACACAAACAGUCUCGCAAGUGACCGCGUACGAGAUGCGCUUCGCCGAGCGCGCGAGUCACGACAGUCCGCCAACUCGUCUGCGGCCGGCACACCGAAUCCGAAUGGAAGCGACGCGGAUAGCAAACCCGGGGAUGAAAAGAAUAUCGAAUGUCUGACGCCGGAAGAGGAGCAGGACCUCGUGCGGUAUUACUGCGAGCAGAUUGUUCAGUUGGGAGAGAGCUAUAAGCCUCCCCUGCCGACGAUAGUGAGGGCCACGGCAAUCCAGUACCUUCGCCGCUUCUACUUGACCAACUCGCCCAUGACCUAUCACCCCAAAACCAUCAUGCCCUGCGCCCUCUUCAUCGCUACAAAGACCGACAACUACUACUUAUCCCUCCGCCAGUUCGCCGAAGGCGUACCGGGCGACACGUCCGCAGAGGACAUCAUCGCCCCCGAAUUCCUCGUCAUGCAAAGCCUCCGCUUCACCUUUGACGUCCGCCACCCUUUCCGCGGCCUCGAAGGCGGGAUCAUGGAACUCACCGCGAUAUCCCAGGGCCUGGCCCAACCCGCACCGCACACACCGCACCAAUCCCCCGAGGACCUCCGGCGCACGAUGCUCUCCCUCCCGCAACCCCCCAAUACCCAAUCCUCCUCCUCCUCCUCCUCGAUAUCCGACCGCCUCGCGCGCGCGCACCACAACACGCGCGAGAUCCUCAAAUCCGCCGCGCAAAUGACCGACGCGUACUUCUUCUACACCCCGGCGCAGAUCUGGCUCGCCGCCCUCUGGAUCGCAGACAGACCCCUCGCCGAAUUCUACCUCGACACGAAACUCGCCGCCCCGGAUCUCGACGCCACGCACCCACUCACCCAACUCCGCUCCAAAGUCCUCGCAACACUAGACAGCUGCUCCGCACUCCUCCAAUCCUACAAACCCCUCGCCUCAGACCCCGACCAGAAAAAGGCGCUCCGCCGCAUCGGGAAGAAGCUAUACCACUGCCAGAAUCCAGAGAAGGUUAAUCUGGCUGGCCAGAAACGGAUUCCGGCUGCGGCGAUGGCGGCAGCCGCUGCGUCGGCGAGUGACCCCGCGACGCCGGAAAGCGAGAUGGAGCGGUUGGCGAAGAAACGGAAGCUUGAGAGUGAGGCGAAGCGGAGAGAUGAUAUCUUUGGAGGGGAGUUGGUUAUGGAGAGAACGAAGGAGAGGCAGGGGUAG